AGCUUCAAACUUGGAAACUCCAACAUCAAAAUUGCCUAAUUCUGAUUAUAUAAAUAUAUUAAACAAGUGGUCAAGUACCAAAAUACUUGUCCUAAUUUUAUUAAAAAAAAAAAAAUUGAGAAAAUGGAAUUUUGAUGAGUCCGUAUUCCUGGGCCCACGGGUGGUGGGGGAGUGGUUCUGUGGUUGCCCCGGCUAUGAAGUUAGAAAAAACCACAAAAUUUGACUUAGAAAUCAGCUACAGCGAGGCAUUGGCGUGUGGUGCAGAACCACCAAAUUGGACUUUUUGGGGCAAUUAGGUAGGUCAAUUUCUUAAAGGAGCCUUCUUUGUCUUUGAAAUUUUUGGCUUUCCCAAUCCCCUCUUCCAUCAUAAUAAUACACACUAAUGUCGUAAUCAAACAUGUCUCUACGUACUUUUGAAAUUUGAUAUUCUCCUUCACUCUUUUGCUACCCAACUUGUAUUUUAUUUUUUCAUAUAUAUAUUUCAAUUGGGUACGCUCCAAAGUGGGAAAAUAAUUUUACCUUGGGUAUUUGUACCAUCACGAUAUAAACUAUAUAGUAGGUAUAUUUGGAAGAAUAAAAUAAGAGGGGGAAAAGAAAAUUCACCGUUCUAGACUAGACUCAAUGAAUGGAAAUGGGAAUCAAUUUCUUCCACAAUUGAAGCAACACCAUGUGUAGGCGUACUGGAGGUUGACGUGAGAAUGAGUACCACAUUUAUGUGUUUGUCAGCAUUUGAUCCGCUUCAUUAAUACACUUAUUUUAUUUUUGACUUCUAUUACUUGUUCCAUCACGGCUAGUAUUUCUAAAUAAUAAAAAAGAUAAUUAAAAUAGAAAAAAUUGGAUUGAAUGAAGACGAUUUUUGUUUCCUCCUUUUUCUCUGUGUCUAAGUAAAACACGGCAUGAAUGGACUAGCAAUACCUUUUCUCCCAAUCAAAAGCAUUGGUAGUCAACUAAAUUCACUGCCAAAUUUGAAAUUUCAAUUCCAAACUGCCCCCAGUUGAAAGAUGGGUUCCAGUUUAUUCACUUUGUGAGACAUUGAAAGGUAAAACGGAGAAUACUCAUUGCCAUUAGGGCCAUAGCAGAGGGUGAAGAAAUGUGUCAGAAGAAAGCUGAGUUCAGAGUUGGGUUGUCCUAUUACUAGGAAAUACUAGUCACUUUCGGUGCUAUUAUAAUACUGUUCCUCCGCAUUGGGAUCCGUAAAACCAACCUGCUCACUUCUCUAUUCAUCUUCAAUGUGCCCUACAGUCUACAGUGCGUGAACCUUGGGAUGGAAUCAUGGAACCAGUUGGGCCUAGGAAAAUAUUUAGAUAUAAGGAGGUAAUGGGGGAGGAAGAGGAAGAAUUAAAAACCAAGGACAGGGCGUACCAAUAAAAUAAAAAGGGAAAAUAUAAAAAGAAAAAAAACCCGUAAAUCAAUGGUUUGUGCACCUUGUGAUGUAAUCCACCGACCAACCGAACCCUCGGUGGUCCCCGCUUCCCCCACAAAUACUCCUCAUUGCUUUGUGGGCCCCACGAUUCUCCCUCAUUUCCACCACUCCCUCCUCCUUCAAUCCCAACGCUCCAUCCCCUCGUGAUUCACGACCGCCACUCUGAUCCCCCAAUCUCACGGCCCUCAACCCCACGAGCCUCUCUGCGCGGUCAACACUCGAAUAAAAAUAACUUAAAAUAAUAGCUCCCCCUUUGACCAAAGACCAAAGCUGUAGAAUAUAAUAAUAAUAAAAAUAUUACCAGAAAAAAGUACCUUUUGCUCGCGUCAUCAAAGCUUUGACUCUGUUUCUCUCUCUUCUUAAAUCCUCCCUUCGCUGCCCUUUUUUUCUGUUCUUCUUCGUCUUCUUCAGCAGCUCUACUGCUCUUCCAGCAAAAUAAUUCUGUGCUUUCGCAGAAGUUGAAGAUGGUGAGGGAUAACUUGUUUAUUACAGUUCCCAGCCUUUUCCGUUGCCCGAUAUCUCUGGACGUCAUGAAGUCCCCGGUGAGUCUCUGCACCGGCGUCACCUAUGACCGCUCGAGCAUUCAGAGGUGGCUCGACAACGGCAACAACACUUGUCCGGCCACUAUGCAGGUGCUCCACAGUAAGGACUUUGUGCCCAACCACACCCUACAACGCCUCAUCCAGAUCUGGUCCAACUCGGUCCGCCACCGCUCCAACUCGCCCGACUCCCCCAUCCAGCUCGUUCCCUCUCUGUCCCCAGACCAAGCGAGGGACCUGAUUAAAGAAAUCGAGAGCAAGCCAGAGGACUGUCUCGAAUGUAUGUCGAAGAUUAUUUGUUUCGCGAGAGAGUCCGAGGAAAGCCGCAAGUUUCUUGCGAGAAUUGAUGGAUUCGUCUCGUUGCUGGUUGAUUUUCUCGGCAGCGGCAAUGCUAAUUUCCUUGCGCUUGAACAAGUGGUGAGGGUUUUGGACAUGAUUAUAAGUGAGCACGAAGAUCAUAAGCAGCUGGCGAAUUCGAUGCUGAAGAGUGAUCGCGAUUGCUUGUCUUCAAUCCUCCUCGUUUUGCAACAAGGAAGCGCGGAAUCUAGAAUCGCAUCUGCUAGGGUUUUGGAGUCGAUCGCAAUCGAUGCUGAAUCGAAGCUCUUGAUAGCCGAAAAGGAUGGAUUAUUUUCUGAAUUGAUUCGCAUAAUGAGCACCGAGACCGAUCCUACAAUGAUAGAAUCAACCUUGUCUUGCUUGAUCGCAGUAUCAAUGCCGAGACGCAUCCGACCAAAAAUCGUGAGACUCGGCGUCGUCAAGCAACUCACGAAAUUAUUAUCCGAUCCCAACUGGAGCGUUUCGGUGACCGAGAAGGCUCUGAAACUGCUGGAAAUGGCAUCAUCGUGCAAAGAGGGAAAAUCCGAGAUAUGUGAGAACUCCGACUGCGUAUCUGCCAUAGUGCAGAAGAUGUUGAAGGUGUCGAGCACGGCGACGGAGCACGCCGUGACGAUACUGUGGAGCGUGUGCUAUUUGUCAAGAGACGACAGGGCUCAGAGCACGGUCACCCAGAACAACGGAUUGACCAAGAUUUUGGUGCUUAUGCAGAGCAAUUGCUCGCCGGCGGUGAGGCAACUAGCCGGAGAUUUGUUGAAAAUAUUCAGAGUGAGCUCCAAAUCGUGUCUGUCAAGCUAUGAUACCAAAACAACCCAUAUCAUGCCUUUUUGACUCAUCUAUCACUGAUUUUCUUCCUCUCUUUCUAUAUUGAAUGAGACGGAGACGGAGACGGAGACGGAGAUGGGGAUGGGGAUGGAGAGAGAGACAAGUUUGUAUAUGCAAAGACAAAUUUUGUUAACCAAUAGAAGAAAGAAUUCAUUUGAUUUUGUUUA